AUCGUUCUAAUGCACGAUUUUGAGCUUCAGCCCUCCACCUUCAGGACCCAAACAAGAAGACUUAUUUCAUCUUUGAAGACCUGAAGACAACUAACGUUACUACUGCAGCCCUUUUCAUUUUCCUUGUUGCACUAUUUGACCAUGCCACGUUCCAGCAAACGUUCUACAGCGGCCAAGAAGAACUGGGCUGGUUCAGAUGACCACGGGUCCACUUUCGAGAUGCCGAGGAAGAACAGGCGGAAAGGGCGCAAUAAGGCUGCUGAUGCUGCUGCAUGCAGCGCCUUGUCUGAUGUUUCUCUAUCCACUGAUCCCCACUCUAACCCUUGUGAUAUCCCAUCUUCCUCUUCAUCCCCCAUCCCGCGCUUCACCUACUCUAAUUUUCCUCCUCUUCCGACGUCUCAGUCAUCUGUCUUUAGGCCCUGUGAUUCUCUUUCACAGUCUGUGCCUCUGUCGAGAUGUGAGACAGAGACCUCACAUUCUCAUUCACAGGCCAGUGAUACCCAAACUGUUCCUCUUAAAUCUCCAAGGUGUGCUCCACUACCAUGCCGUUCUGAUGGUGACUCUUGCCAUGUAAUAAACUUUGAACAAAUACCUAAACAAAUACCUGAGCAAAUGCCUGAACAAAUCUCUGAACACAACUCUGAACACAACUCUGAACUGAACCUUAAAAAUCUUGAACUAAUAACCUCUGACAACAUUGAGUCUGAAAUAACCUCUGACAACAAAAAGUCUGAUCUGAAGCCUGAACAAAACUCUGAACUUAACUUUGAGAAUCAUGAACUGAUACAUUCUGCUGUGUUACAGAGCACCAUGUAUCCAAGCUGUAAUAACAGGUUUCUACAAGGAUCUUUCCAUCAAGGACAUGUGAUGUUUGGAGCAAAUGCAGGUGUACAAUGUCUGACAAACAGUUUAACAGCAAUUUUGAUGAAUGAAUUAAAAGAUGUGUGCACAUGGCAAUGUAUUGAUGUUGAUAAUAUUCUUGUGAAUGGAAACAAGCUUUACACAUCAGUGCAAAACUGCAAUCAGGUAAAUGAUACUCAUCUUUUGGUAAGUGAUUUGCCAACGUCUCUUGUGCUUCAUCAUGUUGAUUUUACAAUUAAUCUUGGACAAGCAUUUAGUGGCAUAGUAGGAGUACAUGACUAUGAUCCAGAGUUGGCAGAUAUGUCAAUAAGCCUUUAUGAAGCACUCCAGAGAGUAUUACUAGGAGAUCACAGCUGUUUUUUGACAAUGAAUAAAAGUACUUGUGCCAUUAUUAAACACACCAAUGGUUACGCAGUGUUUGAUUCCCACGCACGCAGCUAUGACGGCCUUGUUCAUUCAACAGGAAAAAGUGUUGUGUGUUUCUUUCAAACAUUUGAGGAUAUGUACAGUCAGCACAUUAACAGGCUUGCAAGUUCAAUGAAUGCCUUUGGAAAACCUUUUGAAGUUUCUGGAAUCACCGUUACAAUGAGAUGUAAAGACGGACCCAAUGUAAAAACUAAACCAGUACACAGGUGUAGUAGACAGAAAUGUAAAGUCAAUGCCUUGAAACCACAUGUAACAACAGAGGCUUUUGUUGAUGUAAAUAUUCAUGUUCCCGAGAGCACUUGUGAAACAAAAACAGAGUGUGGUCAUGCAUUGCCAUCACAAAAUGAGAAUGUAUUGUGUGAAAACCAAAGGCCAGAAACAGAAAAUAUGCGAGCAGACACAAAAAAAAAAAGUGACUUGCAUGAAACAACUGGGGACAAUGUUGAUAAACUGAGUAAAAAUACUGAGGAUGUUGUUGUUGGUGAUGUGACACUGUCAGAAUGGACGUUUUCUCCAUUAACAUUUAUCAAUCAAACUGCAUUAUGUUCACAGUUAGAUUUGCAGAAUGUUAAUGAUAACCAUGAUUCAACCAUAAUUCAACAACCUACAGUAUUAAGUUGUCCAUGUGAAUCAAAGGCUAUCAGAAAAGAUGGAAACUGCUUGUUCCGGUCACUGGCUAUGGCAAUUUGCGGCAAUCAAAGCCCACACAUGAAAAUACGAAAACAAGUGGUAAGACACUUAAUGAAAAAUGAGAAAACAUUUCAAAGGUUUCUGAGAACUCAAUACACCUCUGUAGAACACUACAUAAAGUAUUCACGAAUGAUGUAUGCAAACACUUGGGGCACUGAAUUGGAAAUUAUAAGUGCAGCAGAUCUGUUCCAUACGGACAUUUACACAUUUAAUUCUGAUCGCUGGAACAUCUACAAAAGUCUUUCAAGAAGAAGUGACGAUGCCAUAUAUUUGAACAAUGUCAAUGGAAAUCAUUACGAAUUGGUAACAUGUGUAAGAGAUACACAUUGUGAAGGUGGAUGUGCAUCAUUGUGCCAAGCAAAAAAAGUUAUGCCAAAAUGUAAUGUAAAUUUGAGGAAAAGGUUAUCAACAACUGGUAAAAUGCAACAAUGCCAAGAUAAACUUGCCAUUAAGAAGCAAAAAUAUCAGAAUGAUUUUCAAUUUCGCCAAAAUUGCAUUAUGUUGCAACAGAAAUUAUAUGUGACAGAUGAUCAAUACAGAAAAACAAAAUUGCUGUCCAGCCGAGAUAAGUACAGAACAGAUGCACACUAUCAAACUAUAGUAAAAGAAUAUAGUAAAAUAAAAUACCGAAGUGAUGAUCUUUUUCAAAGUAAGGUGAAAGAAUACAGUAACAUAAAAUACCGUACCGAUGAUUACUUUCAAACCAGGGUGAAAAACUACAAUAAAAUAAAAUAUCGAAUUGAUAUUGACUUUCAAACUAAAGUCAAAGCAUUUAGCAAAAAUAAAUACAAGUCUGAGAUUGACUUUCAAAGUAGUGUUAAAAAACAAAGCAUGCAAACAUAUUUUGAUAAGAAAAAUCUGACAUAUUCCAUGGAUUUUGUCAUUGAAUCUUUUAGAAAAAAUGUCCAAGAAGGCCCUGGAUGUGUUUGCUCAGUUUGUCAUCGCCAGCUUUUUCGAAAGCAAGUCAUUGAAUGUAAACAUGAUAAGUACACAACCAGUCCAACUGUAGUUGCUUUGGCUAAAAAGUGCAUUACAGAAACAUAUUUACAGACAUGUAAUAAAGAAUGCGAUGAUAACUGCACUGCACAUAUUCAAUCAUCUAAGUUGUGGAUAUGUCACACAUGUCACCGUAAAAUAUGUGCUGGUAGAAUGCCUGAACAAAGUGUAGCCAAUAAUUUGCAUUUGAAAGCCAUUCCUUCUCAGCUACAGUGCUUAAAUUCCCUUGAGCAACACUUAAUAGCGAAACAUAUUCCUUUUAUGAAAUUGUUGGCAUUACCAAAGGGUGGACAAAAUGGUUGUCAUGGACCUGUCGUGUGUGUUCCAUCUAAUGUCAAUCAAGUAACAAACAUGCUUCCAAGAAAUGAUGGAAAUGAUUUAAUGUUACGAAUUAAACUGAAACGCAAAUUAACAUACAAGGGGCAUUAUGAAUAUAAACAUGUACAUACAAACCAUGUCUACAAUGCCUUAGAGUACUUAAAGUUAAAUAACAAAUGGUAUCAUGACAUUAGCAUCAAUAAAGAAUGGGUUAACCCUCUGGACAAAAUUGACGAUGUGCAAGUCAGUGAUCAACAAAAUGUCACACUCCAAAGUGCAGAAAAUCCUGAUCAUACACAUAUGGAAAUUUGCAAUAAUAAUAACACAACAUCUCAAGUUGACGCAACUCUUGGAGAUGUAAAUAAAAACAGUGAAAUAUGUAUUACUGCUGUGCCAAUAGAAAUGGUUAGUGAACCAAUGCAAACAACAAGCGUUGCUAAUAAAAGAAAAAAGAAAACAACAAUGGAAAAUGACUCAGAAAGUGACGAUCCUGAAGAAGAGUUGACAUACACUGAACAAACACAUGGAAUGUUUCUAGACACAUGUUUACAACCAGUAGAUAUUGCUCAAGAAGUUUUGGAUCAACAUUUUGACUCUGUGUUAUCGGUUGCGCCUGCUGAGAAUAAUCAUCCCAUUAAACUGUUGGAAGAUGCUACUAAUGAAGGUAAAUGUUUUCCUAUGUUAUAUCCAACUGGAGCUCCUACUUUUCAUGACCCUCGCAAAGAAAAACUAACCCUGGCAAAAUAUUUAAACACGCGUCUACUAAAUGCUGAUGGCCGAUUUGCUAAAAACACAGACUUUAUAUUCUAUGCGCAGUACAUAUCAGAGGUGCAACAAGUUUUGUCAAAUGUUUCAAUUGCCAUGCGCAAAGGUUCAGGCACUGAAUUGCCAGACAAAGAGCAACCCAAUUUUCUAACUGAUGCAGAAUCUUUAAAACGAGUGUUAAAAAAUGACGAAGGUUACAAGUUUUUACGACCUAUACGGGGAACACCCCCCUUUUGGCAAUCUGCACAAAAAGAUCUGUUUGCUAUGAUACGACAACUAGGAAUUCCCACAUGGUUCUGUUCAUUUUCCUCAGCUGACAUGCGCUGGCCUGAAAUGAUAACAACACUGAGUCAUGAACAAAAUAAAACUGUGCCUAUAGAUGAACUGACUUGGUCAGAGAAAUGUGCCUUGUUGAAACAAAACCCAGUUACAGCUGCAAGAAUGUUUGACCACAGAUGGCACAGUUUCUUGAAAGAUGUUAUUAUGUCUCCAGCUGCUCCUAUUGGCAAAAUAUCAGACUACUUUUACCGUGUAGAAUUUCAAAACAGAGGCUCCCCUCAUUGUCAUUGCUUGUUCUGGGUGGAAUCAGCCCCUCAAAUUGACAAAGACCCUGAUGAUAAGGUUGUAGACUUUAUUGACAAAUACGUAUCUUGUGAACUGCCAUCAUCUGACGAUGAAGAAAUGUGUGAGAUUGUCAACACAGUGCAAAAGCAUAGCACUAAGCACUCAAAAACCUGUAGGAAAAAGAAAACUGAAUGUCGGUUUAACUUCCCACGACCCCCAUCUUGUCGAACAUUUAUUGAUCGUAUAGUCAAACCUGCACAAAAUCCAUGCAAUACAGAACAAUCACAUCAACCAAUGACUGAGGAACAUGAAUUGAGAAAACUGAUGACACCAGACAUGGCUGAAAAGAUUUUGAAAAUGGUCAGAACAACUUUACUAAUUAGUGACCAAACAUUUGAAUCGACAGAGGAACUCUUUGAAAGCAUCGGAAUUUCACAAUUGCUUUUUGAAAUAGCAAAUUCACAACUAACCAAUAAAACCAACGUUGUUUUAAAAAGAAAUCCCAGUGACAUUUGGAUUAACCAAUUUAACAAAGACUUGUUACGAGCUUGGAAUGCCAAUAUGGAUAUUCAGUACAUUGUCGAUGCAUAUUCUUGUGUAGUGUACAUUAUUUCAUAUAUAUCCAAAGCAGAGAGAGAAAUGGGAUUGUUACUAGAUUGUGCACAGAAAGAAGGAACUAAAGGCAAUCUGGAUGCCAAAGCUGCAUUCAAAUCACUUGGCAGUGUUUACCUUCAUAAUAGAGAAGUGUCUGCACAAGAAGCAGUAUAUAGACUGACUGGAAUGCAUUUAAAGGAAUGCUCACGUAAAGUAACUUUCAUACCAACAGGGGAUUACCCUAUGCGCAUGAGUUUACCUUUGAGUGUAUUGCGAGACAGAAAACUAAAUGACAACAAUGAACAAAACACUAUAUGGAUGACAAGUGUAAUAGACAGGUAUCAACAUAGACCACAAUCACCACCGUUCCAAAAUAUGUGCCUUGCCACGUUUUGCUCAGAAUAUCGAGCCUUGAGUCAAAGUGAAGUCCCAGCUAAUCCAAGCGAAUCUGUUGUUCAACUUCAGGACAAAUAUGGUGACAUUAAAAAAAGGUCGCGCACAGAACCAGCUGUUAUUAGAUAUGCAAGACUGUCACCCACAAAAGACCCAGAAAAAUACCAUCAUAGCCAGCUCCAAUUGUUUUUGCCCCACUAUGAAGACUAUCAAUUGAAACCACAUCCUUUUGUUUCAUUCGAAGAGUUUUACAAUGUUGGAAUUGUACGUGAUUUCAGUGAUAACAUAGACACAGUUAAAGAAAUUAUUGAGAAUAAUAGGUCUUUGUAUGAACAAAAUUCUGACAAACUAGAUGAUGCUCAACUUGUCAUGGAACAACAAGGUGAUUUGGAUGAUGCAUGGGCACAGAUUUGUCCGCAAUCAGAAAUGGAACGGCUUCAGUGUUUACAAUCACAGGACAUAAUUCAUGAUGAAAAUGAUUUACAGCCCAUUUCUGAAAAUAUUCCAGACUUGACAGAAACUUUGCCUAUGACGGGUAAUAUAGAAGUUAGAAAAACAUUUAUGACUAAAGAAGCAGCAUGGGACAUAAUGAGAUCUCUAAAUGAUGAGCAAGCGCGCAUAUUUUACAAACUACGUCAGUGGAGUUUAGAAACAGUAUGGGGACAAAAACCACAACCAAUACACCUUUUUGUCACUGGUGGAGCAGGUACUGGAAAAAGCCAUUUGAUAAAAGCCAUACAUUAUGAGUUGUCACGAAUUCUAGCACAAGUAUGUCCAAACCCUGAUGACACUACAGUCCUAUUAACAGCUCCUACAGGCGUUGCCGCGUAUAACAUUAAUGCUGCUACAAUACACAAUACUUUUUGUAUUGGCACAGAUGUGCGAUUACCUUACCAACCGUUAGGUGAGGAAAAGAUCAACUCUUUACGAGCAAAACUUUCCAAUUUACAAUUAUUGAUCAUUGAUGAAAUAUCAAUGGUAGACACCAGACUGUUUGCAUACAUUCACGGAAGACUAAGACAAAUCAAACAGUGCGGAGAUCAUUCUUUGUUUGGAAAAGUUAGCAUUGUUGCUGUUGGAGAUUUUUACCAGUUACCACCUGUGAAAGGAAAACCUCUGUACAGUGAUCAGCCAGGACUAAACAUUUGGAACAGUCACUUUGAAAUUGCAAAUUUGACUCAAGUUGUGAGACAAAAAGAUUCUACUUUUGCUGAGCUGCUGAAUCGCAUUCGUGUCCAUGAAAAAUCAACUCCUAUGUUGCCUGCAGACGUUGAGAUAUUGAAACAAUGCGAAACAGGAGAAGUCUUGAAUGUAUUGCACAUUUUUGCAACAAAUAAACAAGUUUGCUGUUAUAACUCUGAAAUGCUCAAUUCAAUUUGCCCAAAUGCCAUAAUUAUUGAAGCACAAGACUUUGACCGGAAUCCAAAAACAGGACGUAUGGAAAGAAAGAAUGGCCACCACAGGAAAGUUUUUAAUUCCUGUCUUAAGCCAAGUGUCAAUAUGGGAAUACAAGCUCGCAUCAUGCUGACAAAAAACAUUGAUGUUUUAGAUGGACUUGUUAAUGGUGCUUUCGGGACAGUUUUCCAAAUCGUGUUUGAUACAGACAAAUACUUUCCCUCUGUAAUACAUGUUGAAUUUGAUGAUGGCAAAAUUGGACAACUGCAAAGAGCUAAAAUAACUACACCAAAUAAUACUCAUCGAAACAUCACAAUCAUUAAACCCGUUGAAGACAGAGUCUCAAACAAUGGUGGAAUACGGCGGCAGUACCCAUUACAAUUAGCCUGGGCUUGUACCGUACACAAAGUUCAAGGUUUAACAGUUAACAGUGCAGUGGUAAACUUGAAAAAAGUAUUUUCACCAGGACAAGCUUACGUUGCUUUAAGUCGUGUCUCUUCUCUGUCAGGCUUAGUAAUUGAAGACUUGAAAGAGUCAAAGAUUUAUUGCAACAGUAAUAUCAAAGAUGUUCUUGCAACAAUGCCAACAUUCAUCUCCAAAAACUCACCUUCAACCACUCCAUUAUUCACAAUUGCUUUUCAUAACAUUCAAAGUCUCAAUGCACAUUUUAAAAACAUGCAAGCAAACAACAGUAUUUUGAAAUCACAAUGCAUUUGUGUUGCCGAAACAUGGCUUCGACCAAACUUCCCAACUGAUCAUGUACUUUUACCUAACUUCACGUUCUACAACAACACACGUUUCAAUUGUUACAGUCCAAUAAAUAGUAUCACCAAUACUUUAAAACUUCAGGCCAAUGGUGGUGUUGGAAUAUAUUGUCAAACAGAUCAGAACAUCGAAGUCAACACACCAUGUAAUACAAAUCUAGAAUCAUUAGUCUUCCACGUUCCACAAUUUCAAUUAAUUGCUGCAGUUGUAUACAGGCCCCAAACAUACCAAGUUGAUUUAUUCAAAGAACAUUUAUUACAUCUUAUUGCCGAAAUAGACACUUUCCCAGGAGCGAAAAUUAUUUUGGGGGACUUUAAUGAAAAUCUUCUUACUUCUAAAACAAUACAAACCGUUUUCGAACAACAUCAUUACAUUCAAUUAGUUGACUUUUCGACCACUGAUGCUAACACAAUAAUAGACCAUGUAUACACAAAAGAUGUCCAAUUUCAAUUAUCGCUUGAAUUGUUAUCAACAUAUUACAGUCAUCAUAAUGCUAUACUAAUUCACAUAAAGUAACAUUAUCUGCUAAACAAUGCAUCUUAAAACAAAAGUCAUAGCUUAAGCAAACCAUCGUAGACACAUUAACUAAUAUAUUUUAAAACACACUAUUUGUACAGCAGAUGAAAUAUAAAUUAUAUUAUAUUUACACACUUAUGAAUAAUACAUUUACAUAUCUUCUUCGUUAAUUUAUGAAAAAACACAACAAGGACUUAUUACGUAACAUUAAAAUGUGAACUUCACAAUUGAAAUGGUCAAAAUAUUCUGUUAACAUGUAACAGGUAACUUAUGCUUUGCAAAUUUGUAUUUUAUGACAUUAUGUAUUGUACAAUGCUAUGAUACUUUUUUGGGAUAGAAUUACUAGAUGUUAAAGUGCUUUAACAACAUGCUUUGUACUCGUGUUGAUAUUGCAAUAUCAUUCUGCAAUUUUUUCUCCCAGCCCUCUGGCAGCACCCACACACACACACACCCACACGCACACACACACACACACACACACCCACACACACAUACACACACACGCACAGACGCACAUACACACACAGUGUUGUGCAAUACUUUUCUCAUCAGCACACUAAUCCUUGUGCUUUAAAAUGUUGGACUACAUUCAACCACCCAACAUCUGAAAACUCAAGUACCACAUCAGCAAGCACCUCAAACCUUCAACCAUGUGGACCUAUCACUGCUUCCAUCAUUCAUCAACCUGGGUUUGGCUAGACUAAAGCAACUUCAAUUGCAAGGAGUCUUGUCCAGAUACCAAAAACAGCAUUGAAAUCUUCUUGCUGAAUCCUUAUGCUUUGAAAUGGUGGAUUUCAUUAAACCAGCCAACAAAUGAAAACUCUCCCACCACCAAUACUACAUCAACAAGCACCUCAUCCUUUAAACCAUGUGAACCUAUCACUGCCUCCAUCAUUCAUCAAUCUUGGUUUGGCAAGACUAAAACAACUUCAAUUACAAAGAGCCUUGUCCAGAUACCAAAAACAGCAUUGAAAUCUUCUUGCUGAAUCCUUAUGCUUUGAAAUGGUGGAUUUCAUUAAACCAGCCAACAAAUGAAAACUCUCCCACCACCAAUACUACAUCAACAAGCACCUCAUCCUUUAAACCAUGUGAACCUAUCACUGCCUCCAUCAUUCAUCAAUCUUGGUUUGGCAAGACUAAAACAACUUCAAUUACAAAGAGCCUUGUCCAGAUAUCAAACCCAGCAUUAGGAUCUUGCUGAAUCCUUCUGCUUUGAAAUGUUGGAUUUCAUUCAACCAGCCAACAACUGAAAACUUUCCCACCAUCACUACUACAUCAGCAACCCACUCCAGGCCUUCACACCUUGUGGGAGUACCAAUGGUUGCAUCAUUCAGCAAUUUCAGUCUGGCAACACUAAAACAACUGCACCAAAAAGAACCGUGUCCAGAUUUCAAACCAAGCAUUGAGAUCUUCUCGCUGAAUACCCUGAGAAACUAUUAGUACUAUGUUGACUAAGAUGCCUUCUGGACCCUGGUUGAUAUUACCCUACUCAUUCCUACCUUGUGGCUAACCACAAUGCUCAAACAUGUGAAGCAUAACUCAAUGACGACUCUGGACCACUGGAUACAACAUCAACAACUGGAUGGAAAGAUAUCAAAGAAGUCUGUGGCUGCCUGGAAUUUCACAAGGAUGUUGAUGGACCAUGUGUUUUAAUACCACCCUACAGAAACACCCUUCUAAUCCAUGGAAAUCCAAAGGUCACUUUUACACCUGUCCACCCUCAAUUGCUUUAGACUCAACUCAUGAGAAUUGUAUUGCACUCAAUAUUGUAAAUUACACCAAUACAACAUACAUCACAUUUGGUAUUAUAUUGUGUCAGUAAACAAUAUGAACAGAAAACACAUUUCACAAAUCUAACACUGCUACCACUAACACCUUUCACAAUCAUUUCCAUUUUUACCAUUUUUUUUCUUUUUUACAUUUCAUUAUAAUACAUGUAUUAAAUCUGCAGACAUUGUACUAUCAUUUCACAGUUAUUUCAGUUGAAUUAUUUGUAUAUUUCUUUAUAAUACAUGUGUUACCUGCAUUUGUAUAUACAAAUAGUUACUUUAUCUAUAUACACAAAAAGCUACUUAACAAAAAAUGCCAUAUGUAAUGUUUUUUAUCUUUUAACAUUGAUACAAGUUUU